AUGGGAACUGCACGACGAAACACCUCCGUGGCCCAAUCGGGGGCCAAGCACCUAGAACGCAACCGCAUCGCCGCCAGCAGAUGCCGCGAAAGAAAGAAGCGCGAAUACGAACAAAUUGAGCGCCGUCUCAGCGAUGAAACAGAAAAGAAAGAACUCCUCCUGGCCCAGCUCAACUGUCUCAAAGAAGAAGUCUGGGAUCUGAAAAACAUCAUCUUCCAACACGCCGAGUGCGAAGACCACCGAAUCAACGUCCAACUCGCAAAGAUGACCCAAACCGUCCUCAACAACCAAUCUAUGCAAGAACCCAGCAUUUCGCCGACUUCUUCGAACGGGUCAUACUCGGAUGAAUCGGUCGCGGUGAAUGACGUGAAUAAUAACAUAAUCGAUCCCGGCGCUUAUCUUGGGUGCGACUGGACUGUGUUGCCCAAGGUCACUGAUGACCUCGUACCAUACGACGUGAACGGGGCCAACUAUUCGAUAUUUGAGAAUUUCAUUAAUGCAGAGAAUCUGUAUACCUAA